AUGCGUCCACAUUGGCAACCUUUGAUUGAAAUCCCCACCCUCUCCCCCACACGGCUUCGCGACAGGGCCUACUCCGGGGCCAACGCCUUCGCCGACGACGGCGUCGCCUACACCAGCGCCUACUCCGGGGCCAACGCCUUCGCCGACGACGGCGUCGCCUACACCAGCGCCUACACUGGGGCCAACGCCUUCGCCGACGACGGCGUCGCCUACACCAGGGCCUACUCCGGGGCCAACGCCUUCGCCGACGACGGCGUCGCCUACACCAGCGCCUACUCCGGGGCCAACGCCUUCGCCGACGACGGCGUCGCCUACACCAGCGCCUACACUGGGGCCAACGCCUUCGCCGACGACGGCGUCGCCUACACCAGGGCCUACUCCGGGGCCAACGCCUUCGCCGACGACGGCGUCGCCUACACCAGGGCCUACUCCGGGACCAACGCCUUCGCCGCCGACGGCGUCGCCUACACCAGGGCCUACUCCGGGGCCAACGCCUUCGCCGACGACGGCGUCGCCUACACCAGGGCCUACUCCGGGGCCAACGCCUUCGCCGACGACGGCGUCGCCUACACCAGGGCCUACUCCGGGGCCAACGCCUUCGCCGACGACGGCGUCGCCUACACCAGCGCCUACACUGAGGCCAACGCCUUCGCCGACGACGGCGUCGCCUACACCAGGGCCUACUCCGGGGCCAACGCCUUCGCCGACGACGGCGUCGCCUACACCAGGGCCUACUCCGGGGCCAACGCCUCCGCCGCCGACGGGUUCUCCUACAGCAGGGCCUACUCCGUGGCCAACGUCUUCGCCAACGACUGCUUCGCCUACACCAGGGCUUACUUUGGGGCCAACACCUUCGCCGACGACUCCCUCGCCUACACCAGGGCCUACUCCGGGACGAACUCCUUCGCCGACGACGGUCUCGCCUACAUCAGAGUCUACUCCGGGGCCAACACCUUCGCCGACGACGGCCUCGCCUACACCAGGGCCUACUCCGGGGCCAACAUCGUCGCCGACAACAGCCUCGCCUUCACCAGGGCCUACUCCGGGGCCGAGCCCUUCGCCGACGACGGCCUCGCCUACACCAGGGCCUACUUCGGGGCCAACGCCUUCGCCGACUAUGAUCUCGCCGACAUCAGAUCCUACUCCGGGGACAAGGUCUUCGCCGACGACCGCCUCGCCUACACCAGGGCCUACUCCGGGGCCAACAUCGUCGCCGACGACGGCCUCACCCACACCAGAUUCUACUCCGGGACCAAUGCCUUCACCGACGGCGGCCUCGCCUACACCAGGGCCUACUACGGACCCAACGCCUUUGCCGACGACGGCAUCUCCUACACCAGGGCCUACUCCGGGGCCUACUCCUUCCCCGACAACGGCCUCGCCUCCACCAGGGCCUACUUCGGGGCCAACGCCUUCGCCGACGAUGAUCUCGCCGACAUCAGGGCCCACUCCGGGGCCAACGUCUUCGCCGACGACCGCCUCGCCUACACCAGGGCCUACUCCGGGGCCAACAUCGUCGCCGACGACGGCCUUGCCCACACCAGGGUUUACUCCGGGACUGCCGCCUUCACCGACGACGGCCUCGCCUACACCAGGGCCUACUCCGGGACCAACAUCGUCGCCGACGACGGCCUCGCCUACACCAGGACCUACCCCGGGGCCAACGCCUUCGCCGACGACGGCGUCUCCUACACCAGGGCCUACUCCGGGGCCAACGCCUUCGCCAACGACGGCCUCGCCUACACCAGGACUUACCUCGGGACCAACGCCUUCGCCGACGACGGCCUCGCCUACACCAGCAUGAUCGCCAAACCUCUGGCCUACAGGGCAGCCUUCUCCGGGGCCGACGCCGUCGCCAACGACGGCCUCGCCUACACCAGGGCCUACUCCGGGGCCCACGCCUUCGCCGACGACGGCCUCGCCUACAUCAGGGUCUACUCCGGGGCCAACGCCUUCACCGACGACGGCAUCGCCUGCACCAGGGUCAACACCGGGGCCAAUAUCUUCGCCGAUGACGGCGUCGUCUACACCAGGGCCUACUCCGGGGCCAGCGCCUUCGCCGACGACGGCGUCUCCUACACCAGGGCCUACUACGGAGCCAACGCCUUCACCGACAACGGCCUCGCCAACACCAGGGCCUACUCCGGGGCCAACACCUUCACCGACGACGGCCUCGCCUACACCAGGGCCUACUCCGGGGCCAACGCCUUCGCCCACGACGACAACGCCUACACCAGGGUCUACUCCGGGGCCAACGCCUUCGCCGACGACCACCUGGCCUACACCAGGGCCUACUUCAGGGUCCACGCCUUCGCCGACGACGGUCUCGCCUACAACAGCAGGGUCUAUUCUGGGGUCAACGCCUUCGCCGACGAUGGCCUCGCCUACAUCAGGGCCUACUACGGACCCCACGUCUUCGCCGACGACGGCAUCGUCUCCACCAGGGCCUACUUCGGGACCAACGCCUUCGCCGACGGCGGCCUCGCCUACACCAGGGCCUACUCCGGGGCCAACACCUUCGCAGACGACCGUCUCGCCUACACCAGGGUCUACUACGGACCCCACGUCUUCGCCGACGACCGCCUCGCCUACGCCAGGGCCUACUCCGGCGCCAACGCCUUUGCCGACGACCGUCUCGCCAACAUCAGGGCCUACUCCGGACCCAACGCUGUCGCCGACUUCCGCAUCAACCACGCUAGGCAACAAGGGUUCCGACCCUUCGUGAUUCCUCCAACGGAGACGCCGAUUCCUUCAACGACGUCUCCUGAGGUUAAUCCGAGUGUGGCUCCUUCAGCAGUUAUUUCUCCGACGGAAACGCCGAUUCCUGCAACGACGUCUGCUGAUGUUGAUCAGAGUUUGGCUCCUUCGGCAGUUACCGUUGCACCCGGAGCUACGGUUGCCCCUGCAGCAGCUGAUCUGGCUCCUGUUGUCACCACAGCUCCUGGAACUCCGGAUGCAGCAUCAACUUCAGUGAUUCCUCCAACGGAGACGCCGAUUCCUUCAACGACGUCUCCUGAGGUUAAUCCGAGUGUGGCUCCUUCAGCAGUUACCGUUGCAGCGGAAGCUACGGCUGCCCCCGCAGGAGCUGAUUUGGCCCCUGUUGUCACCACAGCUCCUGGAACUACUCCUUCUCCCGAGGCAACUGGGGUCUCGACCCUUCCACGCGAGCUUCCAACUCAGGCUCCGGGUGCAGCAUCAACCCCCAGCUCAACAACUUCCCCUGGAACUACCGUGGCACCCAACGCGACAUCUACACCUGGGGCUAGCACGGCGCCUGUAGCGGACAGUGAGCUAGUGACUCCUGCACCUGUGGACAUCAUAGCUGAAGUCGAAAGGCCUGGAACAACAGCCGCCGGAGCGGUGUCCAUCCUUGCCCUGAUCGGCAUUUUGGUUGUUUCCACCGGCAGUGUCAUCAGGUCGAACCGCGGCAAUGGCUCGUCGGCGUCAUCUGGGAGUGGAUCGGGGAAUUCAUCUUCUGGCGGCUCCGGUGGCCUUUCGGGCACGGUCGACCCGUUGACGCCCGCCGAUGGCACUGCCGAAGGAGAGAAUCCACCCCACGCCAGCAAUCGCAGGCCUUCUGCGACGUUGGCUUUCGUGCUCAUGACGCAGCUCCAGUUCCUUGCGACGCUGUCGCUGGUUGACUAUGUCAUGGACGAAGACUCCUGGCUCGCCGACUUCGUCACCGGUCUCAGAUGGAUCAAUCUUUGGUGGCCGGCGGAAGUUGGCCAAAACAUCGCUUCCGACGAGUGCGCCUUCGAAGCUGGGGCAAGUGGCAUCGGCGCCUUGGUAUUUGUGGGCAACCUUGCGCUGGUCAUAGGAAUCCUUCUUGCCAUAUUCUUCAUGCACGUGGCGGCGGUGUCCGGAGUGGAGGCACUCUGGUUGACGAAGAAACGCGCCCGGGAGAACCUAGACGCAGCACGCCGUCGUGGCGCCCCUAUCGGCGAGUUGCAGGCUCGACUCAGAGGCGGAAGGAUUAUAUGCCGGACGAACCCGGAUCUCGCUGAUCCCAGCCCGUUCGCCCGCCAAGCGCCCCAACCCUCUGGAACCCCCUCCACGUUACACGAAGAAGAGUCCGACAUGAGUGACGAGGAAGAGGGAGGGCGAGGGCUUGUGCCCAUGCGCAGCGAGAACCGGCUGAGCCCGGUGGCGACGUGCCGGGAGCACUCUACAUCGGCCUGGCUCCAUUUCCCGCACGUGGAGCUGGUGUUCCUGUUUUUCGCGUUCGAGGGGGCCGUGGCGUCGUUCGCUUCUGCAAUUCGGAACUCUGAGUGCCCAGAGAUUUUCUACACGGCGAUAGCAGCGAUGGUCUUGUACCCGCUGUUGAUGUUCGUGACGGUCUUCCGCACCCUGCUCGUCCGGGUUCGUCCCAACGUGCUGCUGAUCUUCAAGACGUAUGCCGAGGACGGCACGAACGGCGAUGCUCCGAGCCGCGCGGGUGGCCUCCUCUCCCGGUUCAAGAGCAGCUGGGCGGAAAACUACAGCCUGUUCUCCUGGGCAGACAAGGGGCAGUGGGAGACUGUCCAGACGCCAGACCGCCAGGUCAGCAGAGAGGGCGACUGGUUCCGGAUCGGGUUCGAGCCGGUAUUCGUGGACUACACCAAGAGGGGGACUUGGUUCAUUGUGAUUUCGCUCGUGGAGUGGGCCGCUUUCGCCUUUGUCGGGGUGAUGAUUGAAAACAGCGUCGUACAGCUUGUCCUCUUCUGCGGCCUACAUUCUGUGAUGUUCUUUAUCCUCAUGUUCCUGAAGCCCUUCGCAAACAGUGUUAUCAACAACAUUGAAGCAUGCGUGACGGCCAUCGAUGCCAUCAGCAUGGGAGUAUUCGCCGCUUCGGCCCUUUGGUGGGAGGGAACGAACAGAGCGGCGCACUUGAACACGUCCGUGGUUGUUCUGCAGCUGCUUUCCCUCUUCGCUCUGGUCAUCCCCGUAUACUUGGACGCUGUGACAAUCGUGAUGGGAGCUAUUCGCAACCGCAUACGAAAAGCCUUGGGCAAGACCGGGCACGAGCUGACAGACGAAGAGCGGGAGGCCCGACACUACAUCCGCAGCUAUACCCGACGGCAGUGGUGCGGAACUUGGUGCACCAUGCUGAGGCACAACGUCUUCGCCUGCGCGAGAGACACUAGCGAGGGUGUCCGCAAGCCCCGCUUCACCACGGCCGCGCGCUCGGGACCGUACCCGCCUUUGGACCGGAGCAAGCAGGCGGGCGGAACGGAAGACGGCGGUGGCCCGCCCCGCCGCCCGAGUUGCAACGCCGUCGGCACCGCCAACACUCCUGUAAUCGUGAUUUCGGACAGGAAGGAGGCAGCGGGAUACGCGUGGAGUGAUAGCCUUGGCUGAUCUCGUCAUUCUCGUGGUGCGUCGGCUCCACCGCGUCAAAAAGAGCCCAUUCGAACGAAUGUUUCCCCGGCAGGCGUGGUUCCCACGCCCUCGAAGGGAGCUCUUCACAACCUUAGGCAAACUAGAACUCUGUGGGGAACCGAUCCGGGCGCGGGUGUCCUGAGAUGAAGGAAAUCACACCAAGCAGUGAGUUGAUGAGCAUGGGGACGGGAGCGGACAAAGGUGGUUUCGAUUCGGCGGCGUGGGGCUCGGGCGGCAGAGCGCCUUUCGCGAUGGUCCUCCUGCGGUGUCCCUCUUUCCGUUUGUCUGGCCCCACACGUCCGCCACGAUAAUUGCUGAAGUUCAGGAUUCGUGCGCGGGUCUGGAAGGGUUGGCCUGCGUGCGGUCACCUAAAGAGGUUUCGCUUGCUAAAGGUCUUCCCGUCAUUCGCCUGGGCAAUGGCAUUGUAUCAGUACCCCGUAUAUCACGGAAGAGGGUGGCGACGACAAGGAUAGUCCAUAUAAUUUAGCGACUACAACGGAGACUUAAAUCCCCCUCUGAGUCGAAAAGAAAAAAUAAUCUGUCGGGGUUGGGUUGUGUGGGUGGAUGGUUUCGGUUUGGGUU